CUCGGCCGUGGGAAUCUGCGGCUCCUUGUGCAGGAGCUCGUGCCCAAAGCUAAGGGCGGUCUCCAAGACCAGGAGCACUGGCGGCUUGGACAGCGUCUGGCUGGCUUCCAGCGACAGCCGCGAGGUGGCUUUGCUCUGGAUGCGCUUCUGGUGGAUCCGGCGGAUGACCUUGUUGACGACGGCAAGGAUCUGACUAACCUGGAUGCUCGAGUCGAGGUUGAUCGACUGGUUCAGCGGCCGAUCGUAGACCUGAAAGAUCGAUCGCAAGGUGUCGGAAUAGUCGGCAAAAUCAAAGCCCAAGAGCUGGCAAAAGCGGUCCAGGCUGAAGGGCAUCUUCUUCUGCUUGACGACAAGGUCAAAGCAAGGACUCAGGAACUUUUGGAUGUGGUAGGAGAUGUACUCGGCGCGCAUCACUUGGAACUGUAGCAGCGGGAUGCUUGCCGGCCUGUUGUGCACAUUCCACAGCUGCAGCGGGGCCGAAGCACCCUCGCUGAGCUUGAUGCCGGUGGUGCCACCGGGCGGGAGCCAUCCCAGAGCCUCGGCCGUCUGCUCGAUCUUGGGCAAGACCUCUGCGAUCUUGGCAACCAGGCGCUCAAUGUCCGAGAAUCCAACGAGCUUUGACGGGAUUUUGGAGACUGGCUCGAGGCAGGCCUCGAGGGUCGGGGCGGUCGGCAAGACUGAGCCAAUGGCAGCGUUUCCGGUCGCAUAGAUCUCGAGCAUGCGCCCGUGCAGAGCGGUAUUCAAAAACUCGAGGGUUACAAAGCCGGCGGCGCCU